GAGAAAGAAAAGGUUUGGAGUGUCUUUGGGAGAGGGGAACGAGGGGGGAACCCCCCAGUUUAUGGGGAGAAAUAUCUAACCUGCUAACGUUAUGUGUUUCAGACAGAACGCUGGUAAUGGUUGGGUGUUUGUUUCGGGUUGAUGUCAAAGUAUUUCCUCUUUCUGUUUUGCUUCGUGUUAUGCUGAACUUACCAUAACUUUACAUCUUACGUAUAGACGUUAUGGAUAAAAUUCACCUGAGUGUCACAGCUGUGCUGCUCCUUUACUUUAAUCAUCCUGGAUCAGCGGGAACCAAGUCACAGCAGCUUCUUAAUACACAUCACCGUACAGACUGCUGGGGGGAUGCAAAGAUCGUAGUGAAUUGCUCUUUGAUGGGACUAGCUGCUGUUCCAGAAGAUAUAUCACUAACAGCGGUAACAGCCGAUUUCAGUUACAAUAACAUCAAAACUUUUCUGUGCUCCACUGGGAGAAAUGAAGACUGGAUGCUGAAACAUCUGAAUCUCAGUAACAACCUCAUGUCUGAAGUCUCCAUAACUGCUUUUAGAAGUUUACCAAUGUUGGAAACUCUAAACCUCAAUGGUAACUCCAUCAGCACCCUCACACUGGACCCACCUACACCUAAAACGUGUGGAGAAAUCCACCAUUUCCUGCCUGCUUUGAAAGUACUGUCAGCCGAAGGGAAUAACCUCCAUGCAGUUCCAACAGGGCUGGGACUGCUGCAGUCUCUGCAAACUGUCCACUUGGCAUUCAAUGACAUACUGCAGAUCGACCAGAAUGAUUUCCACAACUGUUCGCAGCUGAAACAUAUCUACCUGCAGAACAACAAGAUAGCAAACAUCCAUCUCGCCGCCUUCAAGGAUCUCAACAAACUACAGGUCGUGGAUCUCCGUGAAAACCCUCUGGCAACCAUUCUACCCCACCUAUUAAUCAAUAUGAACAUUUUUCAACUCCAAGUGGAUUUGUUCAACAGCUCCUGGAUAUGUAACUGCAGACUUCAUGCUUUCAAACAUUCACUCCGUUUUCUUUCUGCCUCCAUGAUUAAAAAGCUGAUGACCUCAUGCAGUAAAUCUGCCACCAGCUCACAGAAGCCUCUGCUGUAUCUUUCAAGUUUCCACCUGAACUGCAGUGACAGCGUUUUGUUCAGGACAGUCGUGGUCCCACCGAGGGAGACAUCAGUGCUGCGCUGCGGCGUGGGUAACACACAGGGUAACAGAGUCUCUUGGUGGGCACCUAAAGGCCAAAUUUCAGAGGAAAACAGUCUUCCUCAUCUGACACUGGAUAACAUUAAUAAUUUAGUAAUACACAAUGCUGAGAAAAGCGAUGAAGGCUUAUACAUGUGUACUUUGAACACAACAAGGAAGAAGUAUCUCAUCUACAAUGUACAGGUGAAAGAAAGGACUCCAGCUUCUCUGGUUAGAAAAACUCGGGCCACCAACCCAGGUGUUAGAGCAGGAGGAACGCAGCAGGACCUGACGCUGGCUGUGUGCCUCUCGGUGUUCAUUACAUUCCUCUGUGCCUUCUGCCUGGGCGCCCUGGCCAGGCCCUGCCUCACACGCUUGUGGAUGCGCAUGUGCAAGAACAAAGCCCCUGCUCCAGAACACAUCUACGCUAACCACGCUUUUUCAGAUGAAACCCUGAGCAGAGAGCAAUCCACGAGCAAACCACUGAACACACAGCAUAAUGUGUUUGUUUCUUAUGAGAAUUCUUCAAGAAACACGCAUGCUUCUCCUACAGGAACUGCUCAGUUGUACGAAGAAGUCAUUGGUGGCACCGAACGCACUCCAAGAGCUGAGGAGUUCCCAAAACAAAGCAAUAAUGAGAUUACCAUAAGGAAAAAUACAGUGUCUUCCAACACCAAAACUAAUAGCCAUGAUGCCAUAUACAUAAACACCAGACAGCUUACUGCAAGGGCAGAUUAUGAGAGCAGCGAUGAAGUAACACCGAGGAAAUUGAUGGGGAACAGCUUGUCACCGUGGGAAGACCCAGAGUACACUAACAUCACAGGCUCAGAGCAGAACAGAGUCCCUCCCAUACCCAGCAGAUAUUACACUGGCUCUCAGUCAGUUCACAUGGACCCUGCAGACAAAGAUUUACCCCAUACAGGAGAUGCUGGCUUCCCACCUCCCACAGUACAACCCCAAACCAGUGUGCGAGAUCCCAGGGACAGUGAGGUGGGUAACAGCUCUGGUCAGCAGCAGUCAGAGGCAACACCUGAGUACAAAAGGAACAUUUCACACCAUGAACCUAUAAGCACUACAAGAUUUAUGCCUGGAAGGCAAAGCUAUGAUAGAGAAUUUGGUCUAAAUGGCAACAUAAAUACAAACAGCGAUGUGGGAGAUCAUAUUUUACCCAGUAGCUCCAAGAGAUAUGCAAAUAUUGAGAACUUAAGCGUUCACCAAAAACCUGAGGAUGCUCCUCAUACCGAUCACAGCCAUAAAAGGGAUUGUAGAAAUGAGCGAGGUAAUUUUGCAGAUUUCUUCGGUGACAGUUCUUCAGAUGAAGGGACUCCAUUCACGAUGAGUGACUGCAGCUCCUUAGAAGACUUUGACCUGGAACAACCCAACGUUAGCAGCAAUUUUCCAGCUCCUCUGGCAUCAGUAGAGAAAGCUGACACAAAUGGAACCGGUCAUUUCUCACCGCCGCUGGAAUCCCUGAGUAUUGCUGCAGAACUUCGGCAUAUUGGAAAAAGUGGAGAUAAGCAUGUUGCAUAUUUUGGAACCACCACUGAUUAUGGGUCAGACACCAUCAUGCCUGAAGCAGCAUCAGCUUAUGGCACCGAAGGCAGCGAUCAUGUAAGAAUGUCAGGUUCAGAUUCAAUUAGUUCAAGCCCUGAAGUUCCUGAUGCAUUUGACUAUUAUAGCAAAGAGCCAACAGCACAAAACCCAGUUUCUGAUUCUCCCUACAAGCACAACACAGAUUUCAGCAAUACAUCACUUUCAUUAGAACAUUCUCCUACAUACACAACAGAUACCAAAAAUACUCCUGAAGAUGCUGAGCUGCAGCCACAUCAGUUUUCCUUUCAACCACAGUCCCUCCUCAGACACAGCCCCACAGAACAGAAGGAACAGGCACCAGAGGAACGCACAGAGCAGCUCACAGAUGAGAGCUCCUCUGAAAGCGACCAUGGGGAAGGGGACACUGCUCUGCCAUGGAACACAAACACAUCUGAGAACCAUCAUUUUGUUUGUACUCUUCUUGACACUGGUUUGAAUGCAACUGUUACUAAAGCACCUCUCCUGCAUGCCAGCACAGCCCGCAACAAAUCACUUCAUCCAUCCCUACCUGAAAGCGCAACUGAAAAACCUUCUACGGUUAUUAUGGAGAAAGAGUCAUUACCACAGGCUGAGCACAUUAAUUCAGCUAGGACUCAUGAAGAUAAAACAGAAAGAGGUUUCAGUGAAGAAUGUGAUGAAUACAGGGAAUCACAGGGCAGCAGCAACUGCAGCUCUCCUGACGAAAUGCCAUCGUGCAGCAUUAUAACAAAAUUGCACCUUGAAUCUCCUGGGAAAACACAGUCAGUCUUCAACACAGAAAGUUAUUUCCAGUUGGAUCCAAGUGAAGAGAACGUGUACUCCUCACCAGUCCCACCCAGCACACAGCGCAGCUCAGGUCUGUUCCCACAGAAGACAGCAGGAAACAAAACCUUCCCAACAACUGAUCCCAGUGAGCUGGAGGGAGACACAUCUUGGACAGCAUCAGAGAACAGCUCUACAACAGCUUCCAGCCUCCCAGAUUCCAGUGAAAGACGCUGUCAAAGGCCUCAGACCAGUUUAGGACAGAGCCAGCUUUUCAUUAAGAAGAAAAGAGCAUUUGAUGGAUUUGCAAAUAUUUUGCAAAGUAGGAGAGCAGACUCUGAUGAUUGAGACACAGCAGUGCAUUGCUGACCUCCUACAGGUGCAAAGUGGCUGCAUCUCAGAAUGAAGUUGGGGGGUUUUCUGCUCAUUUUUGCUCAGUACAGCUAUCUGCCUUUAACUUCAGAAAUGCAGGUUAUGGAACCAGACCUGACCUGUGUGAUGUGUAAAGUGUGGAUUAACCUAAUUCAGAAAAAAAACUCAGGCUGAUACAGAUAUUUGUGUACAUACAAGUCAGAUACCACAGACAUGUACCUGCAACUCUAGGAUACCUGAAUGAGUAAACUCAGUAGUUAUGUUUGCUAAUAAACCUUUUGCUGAGGUCUAGUAAUAUACUUGCUUACUGUUGGUACUGAGAUAUGAGUUUCCUUUACAUUUUCUAACACACACUGGUUUAUUUGUCAAAAAUAAAUGUAACACUGAAAUUAUUAUUA